UCUAGGUAAUUCGUCUGUGAAAGAAGCAAAAAAAUAAAAAGCGAACGAGUCGUCAUCAAAGUGAAACGAAAAUAAAAUGAAAAAAAUUGUAAAACAGAGGCUGGGAGACAUUUAAUUUUUGCAUUAGUUUGUUUAUACGUGCGAUUGUUUAUGUUUAAUGUUUACAAAGUUAUUGUUUCAUCAUUGGUGUGGACAAAAUCGAUGAGAUCCUGUGUUGAGCAUUUCAGACAAUAUGUGCAGUGUUGAUUACGAUUGACAUUCUGACGUGAAACAAAAGGGAAAAAGUGUAAAAACUCUCAAGCCCAAGGAUGAGUUUACCAGAAACAAUCAAUUUGACGAAACAAGUAGUAAUGUCUGAAACGGGGGAGGCACACCAGUUGUUUCUGGCGACGAAGCCUGCACAGGUCAUCGCUGGCAUAUUUGUGUGGACAGCUUUAUUUAUUACUUGCCAACAGAUUUACCUGCACCUACGCUGGUACACCAAUCCAUCGGAGCAGCGAUGGAUAGUGCGUAUUCUAUUCAUCGUACCCAUAUACGGAUGCUACAGUUGGAUAUCGCUGCUUUUCUUCAAUAGCGAUUCAUAUUACGUUUAUUUCUUUACUGUGAGGGAUUGUUAUGAAGCGUUCGUGAUCUACAGUUUCUUGUCCCUAUGCUACGAAUACUUGGGUGGUGAGGGCAACAUAAUGUCGGAGCUCCGCGGGCGCCCGGUGCGGGCAUCGUGCGUGAACGGCACGUGUUGCCUCUCUGGCGCCACUUACACUAUCGGCUUCCUGAGAUUCUGCAAGCAGGCCACGCUGCAGUUCUGUCUCAUCAAGCCCGUGUGCGCCUUCAUCAUUAUAUUCCUGCAGAUUGCAGGCCACUACCACGACGGCGACUGGAGCCCCAACGGCGGCUACCUCUACAUCACGAUAGUGUACAACUUCUCCGUGAGUCUGGCGCUCUAUGGCCUCUUCCUGUUCCUGGGCGCCACCCGCGAGAUGCUGAAGCCCUUUGAUCCUGUGCUCAAGUUCUUCACUGUCAAGUCUGUCAUCUUCUUGUCGUUCUGGCAGGGUGUAGGGCUGGCCAUUCUCGAGAAGGCGGAGGUGAUCUCGCCGAUCAUCGACGCGGACGGCACGCGCACCACGGCCGGUACCGUGUCCGCGGGCUACCAGAACUUCCUCAUCUGCAUCGAGAUGCUGGCGGCCGCCAUCGCGCUGCGCUACGCGUUCCCCGCGUCCGUGUACGCGCACGCGCACCGCGACCCGCACCGCUCCGUCACCAUGCAGUCCAUCUCUAGCAGCCUCAAGGAAACUAUGAACCCCAAGGACAUCAUGACGGAUGCCUUCCAUAACUUUCACCCGCAGUACCAACAGUACACGCAAUACAGCUCAGUGAUGCGUGGAGCGGGAAUCGGCAAUCGUGGUUCUGAAGAAGGCGCAGCACUAGCGCCGAGGCCUCCUCCUCAGCGCGUGGCCACCAUCAGCCACGCCACAAACUACCACGAAAAAACAACUCUGCUCAGUUCCGACGACGAAUUCCAGUGAACUAUUUAAAAAUGGAAUCCUAUUGAAGAACAAGACACUACAGACGUCUUUGUGUGGGCCGAUUGUUAUGUUGGGCCCACUCUUGCUAAGGCGUCAUUACAAAACUAUAUUCCUUUUAAUUUAUUACUAAACGUGUUACUAUGCGACUCGCGCGCCACCUAUCCUAUGUUGAUGUUGCUAUGUUAGACAUUUUUAAGUACCAAUAAUACCCCCGUGCAUGACAGCAAAUCCAGAAGACUGUACGGGGGCUCGGAACAAACUUACCACCCUAGGCCAAGAAGGUAGGCCUUAGCCGAAAACUGCUUAAAGAACGUUACCGGGGAAGCGUUCUUCUCCGCGCCACACCCGGGUAAGGAGGCCAUGCUUUGACGCCCGUACACCCGUCUUGACCUAGGUCAAACGGAUGAGACCCCGCUGCAAGUUAUCAAGAACAAUAGGUAGAAAGUUUCAACUCAAUCGGAUGUACGAUACGCGAACGCAUAUAUAACGAACAGACAGAUAACAUUUUAAUCUAUAAGAUUGGAUCUCAAGAUGACGACUAUGGCGAGUUAUGGACGUGAAUUAAUAUUGUGUAUAUUAACUAGGUCUUAAGUGAAAGAAUCAUCUAGUAAUUUUAUUUAACAGUGUACAGAAUAAAAUUACAUACUUAGGUGCCGAAUAAGUUUAUUUCAAAAAUAUACCAAUUACCAAACUUCACCUGAUCAUGGAAAUUUCAAAGAAUACUGUAAUAAUAAAAUAUAGUUUGAUAGCGUAUUUACAAAUACUAAAGUAUAUUGAAUGUAUUUUAUGUAAAGUAGCGUCUGUAUGUUACUAGAUAUAUUUAUGUGAUAUGACAAAAAAAAAUAUUUUUUUGUUAUUAUCGUUUUCUUAAUGUUAAUUCUGUCUGUAAUGUUUUAAAUAUUGUGUAAGUAAUAUUUUUCUCGAAGCAAAUUUUGUACAAGUACCUACCUAAUUAAGUUUUCAGUAGAAGAAAUCUGUGUAUCCAAAUAUUUUCUCUUAUAAUAUGUCCCUCAUAACUCCCCUAACGAUUUCAGUUACCUAAGUUUGUAAUAGAUAACAAUUUAAUUAAGUAGGUACUUGAAUAGAUUUUGGAUUUUUUGCUAGAUCUCUACUUUGCUUAAAAAAAACUCUAUUUAAUAUAGCCACUGCCUAAUCGAUAAAGAGUCGAUGUACAGCCUUAAAAAAAAGUAGUUAGAUUUGAAAAAUAGUAGAUUGGAUAGUUGGUAUUGUUCGUACCAAAUCUUAUGGCCGGUCGAAAAUUACUAAAUAAAAUUAGUAAACAUUACUAAGUAUGUACAGGACACGUCGCAAUCCCUAAUUACUGUGAGGUUUGUGAACCUUUCCAUUAACCGCAAUGAUGGGAGUUUUGUAAGCAGUGAGCUCCUGGAUCCUUCCUGGGUAAAAAGACAUUUAUAUAAUCCGCAAGUCCCUACUUCAAGAUGGCCAUAAAGUUUGGUCAUAAAUACGAAUUUUAUACCAGUGUAAUGAUUCCUCGUAUAAAAUGUUCAU